UGUUGCUAUUAACUGCUUAGGAGGUUUUGCGGGUGCAAUGGUAAAUGCUAGAAAUGAAUUUAAAAACAACCCAUCUUUAUCUUCAAAUGAUCAAGUGAAGAAAGACGAUGUGACUACCAGCUCAGAAGGGUUUGCGGAUAACCAUGUCCCGAUUCAUUCUAGGAAAAUAAGACAGACACCGUUUCAGUUUAGAUCACAAACAACCAAUGAUCAACGUCCAAAAUCAGACAACAAUGAGAUUACUAUGUAUUCAGCUGAAAACAACGAAAUGCUUGAUUUAUUUAGUCAAUUAGACAAGUUAAAGGAAUUCAUUACUUCAUCACCUUCCACUUCUCAGUCUACUUACUCACAAAGAUUGCCAACAAAUUCUGCAAGUGUUCACAAGGGGAAAAACGAUAAACCGGAAGGUUUAAAUUUCUAAAAACAAAAAAGGAGUAAGAGAAGAAGGAGCAGCAGGAUUAAAAGCGAAAUAUUGAUUUUAAGGUUU